AUAUAAUACGCAAAUAUGGAAAAUAAUUGUGUUUCUUUAAGUCCGAAAGAUGAAGUUGAUGGUCAGACUGAUCCUAUUGUCGAUAUUAUUGAUUAUUUGGUGAGGUGUGCUAAUGUUUCCCUUAAAAAUUCUACUAUCGAUCAGCCUGAUGUAGGAAACAAUGAAAAAAUUGAUUAUGCUUACAAUCUUUACAAAAAAUCCCCUACACACUUUUUAACCCAAUUUGGCAAGUAUCUUUGUGCAAAUCACCUACAGUAUUUUGAAGACAUGAAAGGAAACGACGAUAUCCUCAAAAAAUGUUUAGCCGAUUUAAAACGUUAUCAUUCAAAUGAAUCUAGAAAUAAAAGAAUCAGAAAUAGACGCUACAAAGCAUUACAAAAGUUACAGCAAGAUACAGAUUAUUUCAGUGAAAAACAAAUGAUGUACCGUAAUCCACUUUUGUAUGAACAAUUAAUAGGACAAUAUUUGACUGAUGAUGAAAUAAGAGAAAGGGAUGCUGUUGACAGGAAAGAGCUCACUUUCCUCGGUGUGAUACUUGAGACUGUCGAUAGAAAUGAAAUGAAGGAAAUUAAGUAUACACAAAUGCUGACAGAAGAUCAAGAGGUAUCAAAAGGAUUUCAGGAAACUGACAAUAAAAGAAAUUUUGAAAGACCUAAAGAGAAACAAUGGGGUAGUUUUGACGUACCAGAUGCAGAGUCUGCAUAUAUUCCUGAAAAGCGAAAUGAGUUGAUGAUAAAUGCUAAUGAAAGGAACCUCCUAAGAGAGGAAUUCUUUCAAGAAAUGUAUAGUAGUUUUAUUGAAGGCAGGGAUAUAAAUUUUGAUUACAAUACUGUUGACAAUGAUGAAGAAUAUGAUGACUUACAACAAAUAUCGCAAGAUGCUGAAGAUAAAUAUUUUGAUUCUGAAGAAAAUGAUGUGGAAACAUUAGAGGAGCACAUGAAUCUAGUAGAAGAAUAUGGAAAAAAGAAAUCUAUUGACUCUAAUGAAAGUGGUCCAGAUCCUUUAGAUGUGUACAUGCAACAUAUUUCAUAUAAACUUGAGCAAUCUUAAUUGUUUAUCUAUGCCAUAAUUUUUGUAUUAAGUGUACAUAUUACAUACCUAAAUAUAAAUAUGUAAAAUGUACAAAUA